AUGAGGCCAGUCUGGGCAGUGAAAGCUAUGUUCGUGGUCGUCUUGGCUUCGAUUCUCUUCCGUUGCGUUUGUGGUGGUAACCACACCGUUGGUGGUGCUUCCGCCUGGGAUCUUGAAUCCAAUAUGCAGGAUUGGGCUUCCACUGAGAGCUUCAACGUCGGCGACGAUCUCGUGUUUACUUACACACCGUUAUACGACGUGAUCGAGGUAAACCAACAAGGCUACAACACAUGUACAAUAGCAAAUGCCAUUUCCACACACAACACUGGAGAAACAGUGAUCCACCUCACUGAAUCAGGAACACGCUACUUCGUUUGUGGCAGAAUGGGUCAUUGUCAACAAGGCCUCAAACUUGAAGUCAAAGUUCAAGCUCAGUCCAACAACACUGGAACUUCUCCUCCACCUAGUUCUGCACCACGCCCUCAUUCUCCUCCUAGUCCACCGAAUGGUGAUUCUCCUCCUAGUCCACCACACAGUGAUUCUCCUCCUAGUCCUCCAGAUGCACAUGCUAAAGCGCCUUGUGAUUGUUCUUGUGCAGAUGAGGGUCGUUUGGGUGUUCCAUUGAUUACACUCGUAAUCAUCUUAGCUUUCGCUUGGUCUUCUUUUUUUGUUCACCUUUCAGCUAUCAACUAGCUAGCUCACACUAGACAGUUUAUUUCACUGAUGUGGGUGUUUGGUCAUUCAUAAUGACAUAUUGUUUAGUACAUAUAGAUUG